AUGCGGAAACCGCGUCAAGAUCCCAAUGCGGAACGAGUUCGGACCCACUUGUUUUUUUCAUCUAAGGUCCCGCGCAAUCCAUCGAGACGAAGACGACGUCCUCGCAAUAAGCUACACCAGCUGAUGCACCGUAAGGAUGAAAUGGUACAAACGGCACCAGCCGAAUUGGAGCCGUCAUUGUGGUUCGGUAAUCAAAGAGUACUUCAUUUCGGUCCUAUGGCGCAACGUGAUCCAUUUUUCUACUACUAUCCAAAAGGAUGGGAUGUUCUGUAUCCAGCGCACUUCGGUUUUUUUCCUUAUCGGGCAACGAAAUUUCGAGGAUCUUCGUCUGCAAUUUGCAUAAGCGCAUUUGGCAUCUUCUUGUCAUUAGGUGGUGCUUUAAUGUUGCUUUUGGCACAUUUCUCAAUGGAUAAUUCUCCAUUGUUUAAUCUGAAAUAUUAUUAUCAAAAGCCGAUACAAUUAGCUGGUUCAAUUUUCCUCAUUAGUGGUGGUAUCCUCGUGCUGGUAUCACUUGUCUGUGUAAUAUUAUCGGUUAAGAUUUUAAGUGAGGAUAUCGGUGCUGAACUUGGACGACCACGUUUCACAAUUUUGAAGCGAUCUGUAAGGUCGAUGCCACCACCCGCAUAUCCAGUUUUGGAAAACAAAUAUACUCAAAUGAUGGUGUUCAGUCCGAAAUCAGAGUUGAAAUUAUAUCCACCUGUAAUGCCCGGUUGUUCGACGUUGUCGUUACAUGACCGAUCGUCGAGCUCCUGUUUUGCUAGCCCAUACAAUACUUUACGCGCCGUUUCUACAACAGUACAAACGGACAUUGUAAAAGAAAAUCCACGAGCUAGUUCGUUGUCGGGUACUCGAAAACUUUCGAAUGAUUCUGUGCAAGCUCCACGUCGAGCGAAAAGCGUAGCUGCUUCUUCAACAAGAAUAGAAAGAAAUCGAUAUACUUGA